UGCAAGAGUCGGACCGAGCCGGGACGGGGCCGGGGGCUGCGCGGAGGCGGAUUUUAACUGUCUUGCUGAAGGGCUUGUGAUGUUUCUGGUUUCCCUUGGGUCACUCAUCAUUACCGCAAAUCAGGUGCGUGGUGGAAUCUGACUCCAGGAGCAUCACACCUGGGUGACCCCCUGAGCUGUGAAAAGACUGAGAGGCUUAUGUGGAGCUGCUGGUUGAAGUAUCAGUGCCUAGCCAAGAUACCCAGGAGGAGGGAAAAGGAGAAAGGGGAAGAGUACCAGAGGUGAAAUCUGCUGUAGCCAUGAGAUCAAUCCGAUCAUUUGCUAACGAUGACCGGCACGUGAUGAUGAAACAUUCAACUAUUUAUCCAUCUCCAGAAGAACUUGAAGCCGUCCAGAACAUGGUUUCCACAGUCGAGUGUGCUCUUAAGCAGGUCUCUGAUUGGAUGGAUGAGACAAGCAAGUCCACUCGGAUGGAGGGCAGCUCGGAUGACAAAGAGGAACUGGCAGACGGCCAAAGCAGCAAGGACCAAGGUGGCCGGAUCUUGUGUGGCGUAAUGAGAAUUGGUUUGGUGGCCAAAGGCUUGUUGAUAAAAGACGAUAUGGGCUUGGAACUGGUCCUCACGUGCAAAGAAAAACCCACAGAGACUCUCCUAUCCCUCGUCAGAGACAAUCUUCCUGUCCAAAUUCAGAAACUCACAGAAGAGAAGUACCACAUAGAGCACCAUCCCGGGGAAGCAGCCAUCGUGAUCCGUAGCACAACGGGGCUCCCACUGACCCUCAAGGUGAUCCUGACCUCCCCACUAAUCCGGGAUGAAGCCGAGAAGAAGGAUGGAGUAGACAGUGUCCCGGUGAAAGAUCCUUCGGAUUUACUCAACAGGCAAAAAUGCCUCGAAGCUUUGGCGUCUCUGCGGCACGCCAAAUGGUUCCAGGCCAGAGCGAACGGGCUAAAAUCAUGUGUAAUUGUGCUGCGGAUUCUGCGGGAUUUAUGCAACAGAGUUCCCACUUGGGCGCCGUUGAAAGGUUGGCCCCUGGAGCUGCUGUGCGAGAAAGCCAUUGGUACCUGCAACAGGCCGUUGGGUGCGGGGGAAGCUCUCCGGCGAGUGAUGGAGUGUUUGUCGUCCGGCAUCCUGUUGCCAGGUGGGCCUGGUGUGCAUGACCCCUGUGAACGCGAGCCAACGGAUGCCUUGUCCAGCCUGACUGUUCAACAAAGGGAAGCCAUAACCCAUAGUGCCCAGCAUGCACUGAGACUGUCGGCUUUUGGCCAAAUAUACAAGGUGCUGGAGAUGGAUCCUCUGCCUUCCAACAAGUCGUUCCAGAAGUAUGCGUGGUCCGUGGCCGACAAAGAAGGUGCAGGCUCCUCUGCCCUAAAGAGGCCUUUUGAAGACGGGUUGGGGGAUGAGAAAGACCCCAGUAAGAAAAUGAAGCGGAAUUUGAGGAAAAUCCUUGAUAGCAAAGCAAUAGAUCUCAUGAAUGCCUUGAUGCGGCUGAACCAGAUCCGGCCCGGCUUGCAGUACAAGCUGCUCUCUCAGUCGGGGCCCGUCCACGCCCCGGUCUUCACGAUGUCCGUCGACGUAGACGGGACAACUUACGAAGCCUCAGGACCUUCCAAGAAGACCGCCAAGCUUCACGUCGCGGUGAAGGUGCUGCAAGCGAUGGGUUACCCCACCGGUUUUGAUGCAGACAUGGAAUGUACAAGCUCUGAUGAGAAGUCAGAUACCGAAGGCAAAAAUGAAACGGUGUCUUCAAACACCAGCAAUAAUAAUGGAAACUCCACAGUCGAUACCUCUGCAACCUUAGAGGUCAGAACUCAGGGUCCCAUCCUCACAGCCAGCGGCAAGAAUCCGGUGAUGGAGCUGAACGAGAAGCGGCGAGGCCUGAAAUACGAGCUCAUCUCUGAAACGGGUGGAAGCCACGACAAGCGGUUCGUGAUGGAGGUAGAAGUGGACGGGCAGAGGUUCCGAGGGGCCGGCCCCAACAAGAAAGUGGCCAAGGCGAGUGCCGCCCUGGCCGCUCUCGAGAAACUCUUUUCGGGCCCCAACGCGGCUGCCAAUAAGAAGAAAAAGAUUAUCCCGCAGACCAAAGGAGGGAUCAUAAACACAGCCAUGUCUGCAGCAGUGCGAGGGAGAGGACGGGGGGCUCCCAUGCGAGGGGCUUUCGUCGGGGCGGCAGCAGCCACCAGUUACCUGGCGCCAGGCUACGCGGCCCCCUACGGAUACAACACAGCGGCUGCCGCGCCGGCUUAUGGUGGCUGUUUCAUUGACAGUCCUUACUGCCAACCACUUGACGUCACGCCUUUUAUCAUUCACUUGGGGCCUCAAGAGUUCUUCUCUGACUUCUAGAGCAAAUGGGUUGUGCAGCAUGAAAGGUGCUUUUUCCACCAAUGAAUUUUCAAAGCCACCGAGAC